AUGGCCGAACAGCAACAGGAGGCGCAGGCCCUCUCCUCCAUGUUCCCUAAUCCGCCGCCCUUUUGGCAAGAGUUCACACCUGAAAGGAUAUCGCGGAUUCAAGAACUAAGGACACCGUAUACUGCUGAGAAUGGCGGGGAUCCUUUGACGGUUCGCGUGCCUGAUGUUCCAGAAGAUCUCAUCAAUCUGCAACCACCAGCUGAGCCGGCAGAUGGGCGCUGGCGCGUGUUUGGUGACCAGUAUAUGCUCGAUGACAAGCUCCCAACUCUAGAGGAUCAGGGUAUCACAAAUCUCCCCUCGUCAUCACAGUCUGAAUCAAAGGACGCCAAGCGCUUUGACCGCGCUUUUGAACUCAAGCGCCUAGCCAAAUCUCUUCUUCUGAACUUCCUCGAGCUCUCUGGCACAUUAUCACGAAACCCAUCACAUGCUGAAGCAAAGGUUCAAGACCUACGCACUCUCUUCAUCAAUUUCCAUCACAUUCUAAACGAGUAUCGGCCACACCAAGCACGAGAAUCUGUCAUCGCACUCAUGCAGGAACAUCUCGACCGCACGCGUACUGAAACCAUGGCUAUACGGACGCAAGUGGACAAGGCUCGCCGGGUGCUCGAUGGUCUAGGAAGCUUGAGCGUGCCUGAUGUGCCAAAGGCGCUAGGGCAACAGGCUGAUGAGCAAAACAGGGAUGCGCUUGCGAAUCAAAGAGAAGCAGACGUAUGGGCUACCACGGAUGCUUUAUUUACUUGA